CCACCCCAAAAAAAACCCAAUCUCUGAUCCUGUUUUAUGCUGCUUCAAGAGAAAAGCACACCAUGCAGGGCUUCGGGGAGGCGAAAAAGUGUAUUAUCCGUUCGAUCGAACGAUGAAAGUGCGAAAUUUUGCGAUAUUGUCGAGUAAAAAGUUCGACCAUCGAAGUCCCGUGCAAUGAAACCCGUUGUCAAACGUCAGAAACCAACGGUCUCCGUUGUGGUAAGAAUGCAAAGUUCGGCAACAGGCCAGCAAUUUCGAACGGUAUCCGGACGGAGGGAAAAGGGUAACCAGCAUGAUUCCGUGUGAUCCGGCAAUGGGUGCGGACAAGUUUUUGUUGUUUCCCAACCCCGGUUCGGUACACAAGUGUGAAUAUUUCCCCGAUGGCAAUUGACUCCAUCAAGGAAAAGGAAAAACGGUGGGUCAAACGUCCUGGCGUCGGACCGAGUAAGACCAGCGUCAUCGACAGGCACCUGUGGUCAGUUGAGCAGUUGCGGUACGAGAGAUGAAGAAGUUGAGUGUGUUGUGUGUUGGUCAACGACGUCACACAUCGAAAUCAAGCGGGCAAUUAGAGUGCCAUUGAGCAGUGUCUCUUUGCGGAAGGGUCAAUUUUGCUCGGGCUGGUUUGAACAAGUUGCACUACUUGUGCUAGUUUUUCGUACGUCCCGGCCCUGAGCGUUGGGUAAUUGUGUAGAUGAAACUUUUUCCUGCACCAGCUGAAACUAUGUACGUACUUUGGUACUUUAUGUGUCGAAACCCGAACGUGCGACACGUACGCGUUUGAUCAGCUUAUCGACGUGGUGGUUUCGAUUGGUUCGAGCAGGUUGGUGUUCCAAAAUCGUUCGAAAACACUUCUUCUCUUGCAAUUAUAGUUUAACUUACCGAUCCCAUGUACAGCUUUGCCAAGGUACUCUCUCUAUGUGGAUGUGCGAAAGUGGAGGAUGAAAAAAAAGUUAACAAAAAACACCAACAUAAAACCGACACAAAUUGAAGAGAAAAACAAAUUUUGGACACCAAUAUAUCACUUCCAGCAUGCUUCAGCCGAACGAAUCUAAUUGAUGGAAAAACGUUUCUCAACCGAAUUUCCUCCUCCGGCGGGUGCUGGAAGUUAGGGUUUUUAAUGAUACAUUUUACGUGCAGCACGGUUUCGAGCGCGGGUGGUUUUUUUUUAUCGAAAGUGAACCAAAUUUUAAUUAUUUUAUUCAUCUGCGACGUGCGUUAUUUUGCAGAUUCACCCGGGAGAAACCUGGCCGUGCGGUGAGAAAAGCAACAGUGCCGCGGAAGAAGACUGUUCCAUUCUUUAUCUAACGAUGGAUUAGCUUCGAAAGGGAAAGACGGCAGACAGCAUCGAACAACAAAAAAAAAAAAAACUGGAAUAACUUUAGUGGCGCUGAAGAUUGCACAGUGUAGGAAAGUGUGUCACACCUAAUGCAAUGGAGCAUCCGCACCAGGUUUUGAUGAUGGAGCAGAAAAAGCAUGCAGCAGCUCCAUCCUCCAUCUUGCUGGUGUAGCGUGUAGCUGGUGUAUUUAUUCGAGUGUGUGUGUCGUAGUGAAAGUGAAUAACUAAGUGCAUGUGUGCAGGUGGAAGUUUCGUUUUUGGUGGAAUAGUUUUAACAAGUAGCAAUACGGCCAGGCCGUUCUUUAUGAAUAAAAAAAAAAAAAAAAAUUUUAACAAGUACGGAAGCAUCACUGAUCUGGAGAGAAAAUGGAGCCAAUCUAUGGAACUAAUAAGAAAUAUCUGCAAAGUAUCGCCGGGAGCGAGUACUACCGGAAUCCGAGCACGUUGAGACCUAUGGCCAACGAGUAUGCAUCCUACCAGAAUACGCUUGGACGCCGAUCGACGCUGGUUGGACCGUACACGCACAUGAGCAAAUACUCCUACCCGACGGACGUGAGCCUGAGCAGUCACUAUGGUUACACCUCCUGGGGCCUAUGGCGUGACAGUCGCAACCUGUCAUCCUCACUGUACGCGAAGAAGCAGAAAAACAUCAAAUCCUUCUCGAUACUGCUGAUGUCCGCGGCGUUCAUUGUGGUGCUGGCGGUACUUUGUGUGGCCGGUUUAGCAUUCUACUUCAGCACGUUCAAGGCAGAUCUCAGUGAGACAAUUCUGGCAUUCGAUUGUACGUUUCGAGUUGCUCGAGGAGAUAUCUACACGACCGGUUUACGAACAAACAGCACACCGGUGUACCGACAGAAGACAGCGUUCUAUGAAAAGCUGAUCGAAACGUCGCUCGAACGUAGCGGUCUCACCGUUUCCCGCACGGAAAUUAUGAACUUUGGUGAUGGCCCUACAAUAGCGCUGAGCUUCAGAGUCUUUCUGGACAUGCGGAAGAUAAAGAUCACUAUCAAUAAUGUGGAGGAGCACAUCAGGACAGCCUUUCUGAGUGAGGUUCUCAACCCAAACUCGGCGUUCAAGAACAUACGCAUCGAUCCGGACAGUAUCGAGAUUAAGCGGCUACUCGACCAGGAGGUCCUGAAGACGGCACUUCUAACCCGGAAUGAGCCAUUUCCGUCAGUGGUCAAACCGUCCGGUGGUGGUGGAGCUGGUUCGGACCAGGAGCAGCGUCACGUCACGAAGAAGACGGGAGUAAUCGAAAAAACUAUCCACAAGUUUACACCGCGCGUCACACCGGUCCCACCGACCGGGUCCAGAACGUCUGUCGACGGGAGUAAAGGCAUCGUCGAGGCGGAAUCUGACAUUGACAUGGAUAAUUUACCGGUUAUACAAGGAUCAUUUGAGAUAACGAAAACAGAUGCCGACAUCACGCAGAAGCGGGCGGGAGGCGGCGGCGGCGGCGGCAGUACGGAUCCGGCCGGAAGAGUGCCGGCCGUAGCGUCGACGCUCAAACCGUUUGCAGUUAGCCCGGCCCAGAUAACGGUGCGGGGCAGCGAGAAGACGAGGGUGACCGAAAGCAUUAAGGGGACUGAUGAAAAACCAUCAACCGGUGGACAAGGUCCGGCCGGUCGGUUUGGUCAGAACCCGGUCGGUGGAAAGUCAAAAUAUGAAACGGCAACGGCGAAGAUUGAAAAAAUGGAUAAGCACGGUGCUACGACGAAGAAAAUUAAAACAACUUCGCUCAAACCAUCGUCCGGCACGGGUGGCAGCGGUGCGGGAAGACGGUCGACGACUGCGAACGGAAUGGUCGGUCGUACUACCACAACCACAACAAGGUCGCCCACCACAACGACAACAUCCACCACGACGACGACGACGACGACUACGACAAUGGCACCAAGUUUAGCUGUCCGGAGCACGUCGGCUGUGAGCGGCAAGAUACCUACGCAGGUCGCCAGUACAACGAGCCGGUUGACAACACUUCGGUAUCAGGUAUUGGCAUCGCAGGGCUCGUCGAACGAACCAUCAUCAAUGUCGGGGUCAGCAUCGGUUGGUGCAUGGGACGAGGAAGACGAUUCGGACGAGGAGGAACUGCCGGAGGAGUCGUUCGCCGAGGACCAUCUCCCGGUGGUGGUCGAUGUGAUUGGGCUGCCGUCCGAGACUGAUGGGGAUAUAAAAAACGAUACACUUUUGGAGACCAUUUUUCAGGCCAUCAUUAACGACAGCAUCCCGGAGGAGUUUGCGUCGGAUCGGCGACGUGUUGGAGGACUGGAACCGGAUAGCAUACCGAAGCUGGACGUAAAUCUGUUCACCAGCGCGCCCAUACUCGAUAAGCAACCGUGGCAUCCAAUCAAUCCCAAUCAGCAACAGCAGGUGAAAGCCGAUCAGCGGACGGGCCUACCGGCCCUGAAGAAAGUUUCGCUGGCCGAGGAAAUUCUCUACCGGAACCGUCCGUCGGACAUCGAGAGUGUGCUGGCGUACACGGAAAAUCCCAACGGACAAAUUUAUUACCAAAGCUACACCAACCCAAGCUUCGGCUCGUCCACGCUCGGUAUUGAGCCGCUCGGUGUGUCGGACGUCCGACCGUAUCCGUUGCCGGUGGACAAAAUUCACGAGGAGGUGAUACCGGAUUUCAAAUACCUUACGCCGACCGCCGUGGAUGCGAGCGAACAGUUGCUUAACCUAACGCUGGACGAGCAGAAAUUCGAGCACCUGGGGGAUGGCGUGAUUGCCAAAAAGCCGGAACAAACCUCCCCGCCAGACGAUGAGCCGAUAACGACGACGGAAAAGCUCGACACCGUCACUCUCCAGACACCUAUGAGUGGAUCUUCCGGCGAGAGUCAAUCGUCCGAUGAAACCUCAACGGAGGUGUACGGCUACUACUCCGGACCGACGGAGGGACUCGAUUCCGUCCUGUCAAACGGCGGAACGAACGGUACGCACGAUGAUGAGCUGGUUGACGUCGCUAUGGACCUGGAGUCUCGUAACAGUCCGGACGACUCGGAGCAGGUAACAACCACCGCUGGACCAGCAAUCACCACCACAAUGGGUGUGUCUGAGCUGAACGAAGAUGGCAUGGAGCAGCUAUCAACAACGAUGCAAUCCACCACGUUGAGCUCGAGUGAAGAGAUUCACUCUGCUGAAGACUUGCUGAUGAGUAGCACUACCACCGAAACGAUGUCAUCGAGCUCAGAAGAAAUUACUGCUAGUUCGGCAGAAGUAACGCUCACGCCGGUGCAUAUCACGCACGCCGGACAAUCGAAGCCACCGACCGCGACUUAUGUGGAAGUGGAAACGCUGAAGUACACACCCUCGACCACUCUGGCACCACCAACUACCAACACGCUGCCAGAGCUGUUCCCCAUCACGAAAUGGGAGUUUGUAAACGGAACUCGUCGUACUACGGCCGAAAAACCGCCCACCAAGAAGGUUUUCAACGAAACGCUCCAGGCACUGGUGGUGGUGAAUGUGCAACCGGAUGGGACGACCGCUCUGCCUCGCACUCCGCCGCAGAACAUCGAAGACCUGAAGAGCAAUCGGCCCAACGCGACCAAUCUGCAAAACCUGUCCGACAUUUUCGAUACGCUCGCGUCCAAGCUGGGCAUUCAGCCGGAGGUGUCUAGCAAGAUGCCACCAUUUUCGUCACUGUCGAAGAUUAAGAACCAAUAUCGCAACUCCGUCAACAGGACGGGUGGAACGGGCACGGCGAGACCCCGCACCACUACUUCCGUGCGACCAAAGCGCAAAAAAACUCGUCCAACUGUCACGAAAAUCCCAUCGACUUCGACCGUUGGGUACAGGCCAAGUGCCGUCACGGAGCAGCGUGUGCGGGUGAGCAGUACGACGGAGCUGUACCCGGAAACGACGCCGAUGGCACGGGUCAUUCCGACCGUCAUUAACGAUGAAAUUGACGAUGUCGUCCCGGUCAUGCUGGAGACAUCGUCCGAGCUAUCGUCCGAGCUGGCCGUCGUCGGCCAGGCGGAAGUCGAAGUAAUCGAUCCGAACCGCUACGAGGAGAUGCUCAACUCGAUGUCGCUGGCACACGGGAGACUAUCGGUCGCCACGACCACCCCCUCGCCCCUUCCCUCCACCCUGGUGACGUUGCUUCCGGUAAAGUCUAACUCGGGUAUCCGCAACUUCCGCCCGAAAACCAAGCGACCUCCGCCCUACGGGGCAACCACUGGAGCGCCCGCGGCUCAUAAUCAUGGUGAUAAAAAUGUAAGCAGAAAAAUGAACGAGGCGGGCUUAAAAUUAAUGAAUGCAAAUAAAACCGACGACGAUGACAGGCCGGCGGCCGGACCGGCCCAGCAUCACCAGCGGCCGGCGUCGGCGGAGCGGGUGGAACCGUUGGUGGCGCAACAGGGAAGUAAUAAAAAUAACACAAUGGUAGAAACGGUGGUAAGGGCCAGCAUGCGCUUCGAGUCGUAAAGCUAACCGCCAGCGCGCUCCGCAGGGUGGUGCUUCGUCACGGUUGGGCUUCCGGUGGGCACGGUCACGGGGGACCAGUUCCGGAAAGCGACCGAUCUGCGUGCACACAGAAGCAGGAAGAGAGAGCACGAGCACGAGGAAGAUAAAGGUGAUAAUUGAGUGACGGCAAACGGUGGCCACAAUGAGCGUGGUCACAACCAACGUUGGUGACUUCCAUCUUCCGCCCUGGCGACAACAACGGGCGGCCGGGUGGUUAGUACCACACGGUCCGUGAUCCUUUGCACAAUCGCUCCCUGGACGCUUGGACCUGGGGUGCGUUGCCCGCAGAUGGGACCGACGUUGAUGAUGGACGUUUGGCAGUGGCUCUUCGCAAUCCAAGGGGGAGCAAAACAUUGAGAUUUGGUUUUAAGACUUCCAACAGGUUUGUCAGGUUUAGAAUUUGUUUACUCUUAAGACUGAUUCUGUGCGCUGAUAUACUGGUGGGCUACGGUUGCACCAACAUUCCUUUCGUUUUAAGCGCACGCCGACAACACAAACACGAUCGGUUUCUUACGGUGAGCACAGAUUAGUUUAGCUAAGUAAGCGUAUAAGUAAGUUACCUACGAACGAAGCUGCGUAUCGAGCUGGUGCUCGUAUUCAGUGGAUAAUUUAUUUCUAUCGACAAUUGUAUUUGUUAAGCAAAGCACUGCGCUGGAUCGAGAGAUGCACCGUGGCGUGCAAUCUUUCUCUAGCUGCAGCAGUGACAGCAAAUCGCACACCAACGUCCCCUUUUCCGAGCAAAAACUUGUACAGGAGUAGCACACACAGAGAUAAAACAAAGCUAUAGGUUGAUAGGUGCUCUAAUUUAUUUACUGUAUCAAUGGCAAAAUGCAACGAGCAGUGCACUCGAAAGGAGGGUGGUUUUUAUUUUAAGCAAAUGUGUGACAAAAACUUCGAUAUUGGAAUUGAUUUUAACCUGUGCGUGUUGUAGGUGCUGUAUUUCAGUAAUAAAAAGUGACACGAAUGAAAUUACGACA